GAAAUUUACACUUACCACCCCUUUGAAGUCCCUUCGCCGCUUCACCGGAGUUGGAACAUAAUUUUGCCAAACAGAGAAUCUCUCACUCUAACUCCCGGGUCGGGUGUUAGAUUCGUGACGAACCCAAACGUACCGUACAACCCUCUCUCUCUCUCUCUCUCUCUCUCUCUCUCUCUCUCUCUCUCUCCAGCUGACUCGAAACGCUGCUUGAAGAAGAAUAGAAGCUUCAUUACUGGGAGUUCUCAACUGAAACCCUAGUUUUCUCAGUCGCUGUCAGGGUAAUGGAUAGGAACAAUGAUGACGUCCUGAGUUCUCACAAGGAUGACAUAGAUUUCAGUCUCCAAACACCUAAUAACUUGGACUUGAAUAUUGAGCAAGAAUGCCGUAGCCCAAAUGUGGCCCAUGUUUCCUCAGUGCAAUCCAAUCUUUCCUCAAAACAUGAAUCUAAUUCAGAUGGGGCACUUAAAAUUGGUAUGGAGUUUGAAUCAGACGAGCAAGCGUACAGAUUUUACAACAAAUAUGCUGGAUUGGUAGGUUUCAGUGUUCGAAAGGACUGGGUGAAUAGGAGUAAGGUACACGGCCGUGUUGUAUCCAGAAAAUUUACCUGUUCCAGAGAAGGCUACCGGCGGAAAGACAAAAGAGAUGUUAAUGUGAAGAAACACCGGAAAGAAACAAGAACUGGUUGCUUGGCCCAUAUGAUAGUUACUCGUCAACCUGAUGGAAGAUAUCGAAUCACUCACUUUGAAGCAAAUCAUAAUCAUGACAAUAUAAACACUCUGAAUGGUCAGAACUUGGUAGAAAUGCCAUCAAUGGGGGCAAUGGAUGAUACUGGAGUAACUGAAGCUGACUCAUCAAAUGAUCUUGGUAAGCAAUCAGAAAUAGCCUUUCAGUUGUUGGGUAGACGGUUUGGCGCUAGAGAAAACUUUGAUUGCCCAGUAAUAGAUUUUGACAAUUUUCUUAAAACUGGACGGGGAAGAGAUUGGAAGGAGGGAGAGGCAGGACGUUUGUUGUACUAUUUUCAAAGGCAACACUUUGAGAAUCCUUCGUUCUUUUACUCCAUACAGCUUGAUGUUGACGAUAAGAUAAGCAACAUUUUUUGGGCUGAUGAUAAUAUGGUUACGGACUACGAUCACUUCGGCGAUGUGGUUUGUUUGGACACAACAUACAGAACAAACAACGAAUUUCGACCAUUCGUUCAGUUCUUAGGUCUGAAUCAUCAUAGACAAGUGGUGAUCUUUGGUGCUGCACUAAUGUAUGAUGAAACUAUUGAUUCUUUCAAGUGGCUUUUCCGAACAUUCAUUGAGGCUAUGUCUGGGAAGAAGCCAAAAACUAUUCUGACCUUUCAAGAUGCAGCAAUAAUUCAAGCAAUCGAGUCUGUACUUCCAGAAACUAACCAUCGUGUUUGUGCAUGGCAAAUGUACCGAAAUUCUCUUGAACACCUUACCGAUGUUACAAAAGAUGCAGACUCAUUUGCCAAAGAUUUGAGGAGUUGUAUUUUCGAUCAUGAGGAUGAAGAGGAUUUCAUCCGUGCCUGGGAUGCCAUGAUUGAAAAGUUCUCCCUUCAAAAAAAUGAGUGGUUGCGAUGGAUGUUUAGGGAAAAAGAGAAGUGGGCUACAGUGUACAGCCAAAAUACCUUUUUUGUUGACAUGGAAAAAACACAUCUAGGGGAGAUUUUGUCAAAUAAUUUGAGCAAUUAUCUAAACCCAGACAUGGAUGUCCUACAGUUUUUCAUGCAUUUUGGAAGCGUGGUAAAUGAGCAAAGAUACAAAGAAUUGGAAGCUAAUUAUGAUAUGAGUAGAUGUACACCAAGAUUGAUGGCUAAUGUGGUAUUGCUAAAGCAUGCCAAUAGUCUUUAUACACCAAGGGCAUUUGAAGUAUUUCAGAGAGAAUAUGAGAAGUGUUUAAAUGUUGUUGUUAACCUGUGUGGUGAGAAUGGUUCGUUGUUUGAUUACAAAGCCAACACAUAUGGGAAAUCUGGAGAGUAUACAGUUGUAUUUAACUCCUCAGAUGAUGCAGUCAGUUGCAGUUGUAUGAAGUUUGAGUUUGUUGGAUUUCUUUGUUGCCAUGCCCUAAAAGUGCUCGAUCAUCGGAAUAUAAAGGUGGUCCCAGCCCAUUAUAUUUUGAAGAGAUGGACGAGGGAUGCAACUAUCGAAGAUUUGAAAGAAAGUUGCGGGACCUCCUCCGUAGAAGAAAACCCGAAGUUAAUUGCAGCUAGCCGUUACAGAGAAUUGUGCCAGCGAAUUCUUAAAAUCUCUGCUAGGGCUUCUGAUUCUGACAAAGCUUUUGUAUUUGCUUCGAAACAACUUGAUGAAGUGAUGCAAGGAGUGGAAAAGAUCUUAACGUUAAAACCAUCUGAUGAAACUCAAGCAGUCACCUCUAGUAGCACGGGGGCAUAUGCGUCUGAAAGUGACCAAGUGGAGAUUUUUCAGGAUAGGAAUGUGAUGGAGGGUCAAGAUGACAGCAAUACAUUUAGGCGAACGAAUGAAAGGGAGAUCACUGUUUCUAUUGAAGACCCACUAAAUAAUCUCAUCGAGAAGAUCUCCAAUUCCCAAGCGUCUCAGAACGUACAAACACCCCCACCCGACAAUGUCACCUCCAUUUCAUAUCAACCAGCUUAUGUUUCUUCUGCAUCCUCAUCUCUAAAUCCUGUAUCACAGGGCUUCUUCAAUUUUGAAGCAACUCAGGUGGUUGAAUGCCUAUACCAACCUCCUAAUCUAUCUAUGGACCAGCAGUCCAAUCCUCACACAUAUCAACAGCCAAGCCUCUUCUCUAACCAACACGACUCUCCUAACCAAGCUCAGUUGCUUCAGGAUUCUUUGUUUCGUAGUCCAUUCCAGGAGUCCACACAGAGAAAUCAAUGGAGGCAGGCAAUGGAUCUCGAUGUGCAACAUCCACAUUCGGCUUCGUUCAUCCGUUAUGAUCAAAGAUACAGACCACCGAAUGGCGAACAUUUUGUGUCCAAAUAGUGACGGAAAAGAUACUCGUUAUCAUUCUUCACUUCUCACCAAAGUAAUUUAGGAAUUGUACAUUAUCUUCCAAUGCAAUUUUUUUUAAUCAUAGCAGGGGGAACGAUAAUGGUUUAACUUGCCCUGGUGUAUGUAUGUACCACAAGCAAUAGUCAAUUAUAAUGAUAUACGGAGUAAUUUAUAAACUUCAAA